AUGAGUCGCCGCGCUGACUUCUCGACCAGGAAGAAGGUAGCCAUUGUUGGUAGUGGGUGUACGGGUAUAGCUGCAUUGUGGGCGCUGAAUAGAACAUAUCAUGAUGUCUAUCUUUAUGAAGCUGCCGAUCGACUGGGUGGCCAUACCAACACUGUUCAAUGGAAAGUGGGAAAGUAUUCGACGGCAGUUGACACUGGAUUCAUUGUUUUGAACAGAGCAACCUAUCCAAAUUUCAUCAAUUUUCUCAAAAAGCUCAAUAUACCGGUUGACCGAACCGACAUGACAUUUGGUGUUUCACGAGACCAGGGACUGUUUGAGUGGGCGGGCACCAACCUCGGCACAAUCUUUUGCCAGAAGAGAAACAUCUUUUCAUUGAAGAUGUGGCGGAUGAUAUUCGACAUAAUACGAUUCAACCAGUUUGCGCUUGACGUCAUCAUCCACGCUGAGGAUGAGCAACCGGUAAAAGAGACCGACAAUGUACUGCAUUCUGUUGGCAGGACGGAAACCAUUGGCGAGUACCUUGACCGCGAGGGCUACUCAGACGCUUUCCGAGACGACUAUUUGAUACCUAUGACGGCAGCCGUGUGGAGUACCAGUCCUGAUAAGUGCAGUCUUGAAUUCCCAAUUCUGACACUUGUACGAUUCUUGUGGAACCAUCAUCUUCUUUCUACUCUUGCUGCCCGACCAGACUGGUUGACACUGAGGGAAGGAUCACAAUCAUAUAUUGAUGCGGUGAUGAAAGGGUUUCCGCCCAACCAUCUCUUUUUGAAUACGGCCGUGAGACAACUCUCGAAUGACGAAGAUGGCCACGUCGUGCUGCACUUUGAAAAUGGAAAAACAGACACUUUUGAUCAUGUAAUCCUGGCCACUCAUGGCGAUCAGGCAUUAGCCAUCUUGGGACCGUCUGCGACCGAUCAGGAACGUGCCAUUCUAUCUUGCUUCCAAACAUCUCAGAAUGAGGCCGUUUUGCAUUCCGACCUGACACUCAUGCCGAGGAACCGUAAGGCCUGGUCGAGUUGGAAUUACCUCACCCUAUCUUCCCCAUCCAAAACCAACGUCGACCAAGUGUCUUUGACCUACAACAUGAAUAUACUACAGCAUAUUCCCCGAGAGCCAUUCGGCGACGUCCUCGUCACCUUGAACCCUCUUCAUCGACCUCGCGCCGCCUUGACCAAGGCAAGAUUCUUCUACUCUCAUCCACUGUACACCCCGAAAGCCGUUCGAGCCCAAAAGUUUUUGCGACAUAUACAAAACAAACGGGGAAUUAGUUACGCCGGAGCCUGGACCAAAUAUGGAUUCCACGAAGAUGGCUUCAGCAGCGGUCUGCAUGUGGCACAAGAGCAUCUUGGUGCCAAAUUGCCAUUUGAGUUUAUAGAUUCAACAUAUAGCCGGGGGAAGAAACCAAAGUUGGGCCUGGCGGACCAUUUCGCACGUUUACUUAUCCUACUCGUCCAAGUGUUCGUCGUUCAGAUUCUGGAACGCCUCGCUGGAACAAGUAGACGUCCGCUGAUGGAAGCGAAGUAUCAUAGGCAUAUUAGAAGCGGUGCUAGAUCGGUACACGGCGUGGCCAGAAUGGGCUGCCCCACCUCCAAGCCAACAUCAUGUCACCUCGGCCGAAAACGCACCGCGGCUGGCGCGCAGCUCUGCGCGUACCUCAUCGCCACAAUGGGCAUGCUUCUUCUGUCGAAAUACUCGGACUCAGCAGUCCCAAUUGCAGUUACGCCUGCACAGCCUUCGUCGAAACGCAUCGACCUCGAACCCGCGAGGAGCAGCGGCGCAACAGUCCCAGCAGGGAGCGCCAUCUAUGGAGCAGAUCCGGGCUCACUACAACAGGAAGAACCAGACAGUGGCGUAUGCCUGCCCCUAUUUCUGCUGUCUGCAGAACAAUUGAAGCUCAUUGUCUUCCCGUCUAGCUACUACACUAUCAGCUUGAUUCUUGGCACAGUCGCCCUGUCAUACGGAUCCGUACCUCUGUACAAAAUGAUCUGCCAAACUACCGGCUGGGGCGGCCAGCCUGUCCGCGCCCACGGCGGCUCCUACGAGGGCGACAUUUCUAGCCGCCUCGUGCCCAUCACGUCCGCUAACCGAAUAAAAGUCACCUUCAACGCCUCUGUAUCUGACGAGCUCCCCUGGAAAUUCGUCCCCCAGCAGCGCGAAGUCCGCGUCCUGCCCGGCGAGACCGCCCUGGCCUUCUACAAGGCCACGAACAAAGGCGACAAGGACAUCAUUGGCGUGGCGACGUACAGCGUUACGCCGGCGCAGUGUGCCCCGUAUUUUAGCAAGAUUCAGUGCUUCUGCUUCGAGGAGCAGAGGCUCAAUGCCGGAGAGACUGUGGACAUGCCUGUCUUCUUCUAUUUGGACCCUGACCUGCUAAACGACUUGAAUAUGAAGGGUGUGGAAACGGUUACACUCAACUACACAUUCUUCAAAGCACGGUAUGACAACAACGGUCGUUUCAAGGCUCCUGCUGUAGCUUGA